AGAAGCAAGUCUUGCGGGGAGGAAGGCGCCGCUGCUCCCUCCGGCUGCUGCCUUGCAGACCGCCACCCCAGCCGGCGUCCGGAUUCCGGGGGGCCCAUGGAGCACACGCACGCACACCUCCCCGCUGCCAACAGCUCGCUCUUCUGGUCCGCCAGCUCGGCCUGCGGCUUGGGCUUCGUGCCCGUGGUCUACUACAGCCUCUUGCUGUGCCUCGGUUUACCAGCAAACAUCUUGACGGUGAUCAUCCUCUCUCAGCUGGUGGCUAGAAGACAGAAGUCCUCCUACAACUAUCUCUUGGCACUUGCUGCUGCUGACAUCCUGGUCCUCUUUUUCAUUGUGUUUGUGGACUUCCUACUAGAAGAUUUCAUCCUGAACGUGCAGAUGCCUCCGAUUCCUGACAAGAUCAUAGAAGUGCUGGAGUUCUCUUCCAUCCACACCUCCAUUUGGAUUACGGUCCCCUUAACCAUUGACAGGUAUAUUGCUGUCUGCCACCCUCUCAAGUACCACACGGUCUCUUACCCAGCCCGCACCCGGAAAGUCAUUGUCAGUGUUUACAUCACCUGCUUCCUGACGAGCCUCCCCUACUACUGGUGGCCCAACAUCUGGACUGAAGACUACAUCAGCACCUCCCUUCAUCAUGUCCUGGUCUGGGUCCACUGCUUCACGGUGUACCUGGUGCCCUGUUCCAUCUUCUUCAUCUUGAACUCCAUCAUUGUGUACAAGCUAAGGAGGAAGAGCAAUUUCCGUCUCCGGGGCUACUCCACAGGCAAGACCACUGCCAUCUUGUUCACCAUCACCUCCAUCUUUGCCACCCUUUGGGCGCCUCGAAUCAUCGUGAUUCUCUACCACCUCUAUGGGGCACCCAUCCAGAACCGCUGGCUGGUGCACAUUAUGUCUGACAUUGCCAACAUGCUGGCCCUUCUGAACACAGCCAUCAACUUCUUCCUCUACUGCUUCAUCAGUAAGAGGUUCCGCACCAUGGCAGCUGCCACCCUCAAGGCCUUCUUCAAGUGCCAGAAGCAGCCUGUACAGUUCUACACCAAUCACAACUUUUCCAUAACUAGUAGCCCCUGGAUCUCACCAGCAAACUCACACUGUAUCAAGAUGCUGGUGUACCAGUAUGACAAAAAUGGAAAGCCUAUAAAGGUAUCCCCGUGACCCCAAGGGCUGGGCACCUAGUGCCUCUGUGUUAUUCACUUCCAGAUGGGAGGGCUUCCUAUCCUGUGGCUCAACAGCUCUUCUUAAGAGAGCUCACCUCAUUUCCUAUCUCCACAGAGUGAGCAACUCUCAAACUGGUAGAUGACAAAAAAUAGAAGAGAAGAAAGGAAAGCAUGAAUCUUGUUUUUAUUUAUGUAUUCCUUUUCACAAAAUCAUGCUGACAACAAAAGUUCCUACCAGUUGGAAGAUGCCGUUGGAGGUCCUAAGUGUCAUCAUCCUGUGACCAGUAAGAACACCCAGUAGAGGAACAGUCUGUGACUUUGCACCUGGCCCAUCCACAAUCACGGGGAACUGCUCAUUUAUGUGACUGACACACCAAGUCACAGCAGCACGUAGCUGAAGCCACACUCUUCUUCCAAGAGCUGAGGUGAUCUGUCGCUUCCCUGUGCCAUUCCCAGCAGCUCACAAUGCUGAGUGAUCAGGGAUUUUUCCAAGGUGCCCUUUGUCCUAGAAGGAGUGGUGGCCUUGACGCGACCCUGGCACCCCUGGCUGCACAAACACAUAAUGGGGAAAGGGGAGUAUUGCAUCUCACCCAAACACUGGCCAGAGCUUCUGCAGGGAGGCUCCAUACCAAUGUAACUAUGACCUGAGGUCUAAAAUGUGGUUUUGUAUUUGCCAUAAUGUAUAGAUUUUAUCUAUCGCCUCCCAAACAAAGACCCUGCCUGGUGCAUGGGAAAGGAGGAAUUAUUGAGCCCAGAAAAACAAAAAAUAAGCCCACUCUUGCCAUUGUUUUAGUCCAUCUCUGUGUCGGCUGUAUACAACCCCAUAUACAAAAUUGCUUCUGUUGUGGUACCACACAGCUUCCUAGAGAAGCCUUUUAUGUGUAGAAUCGCCAACCCUGCCUCCUUGCUUGCUGAAGCCCUUUGUUUUAUUUGAAGUGACUUCCUAACUGAAUGUAAUAUUCAAGGGUCAGGAAUGUUAGCUCUCUGGGUAUGAAAGGAGACGUUCUCAGUUCCCGUCCACAGUCCAGCUGGCAUUGCCACGAGACCACAAAUGCAGGCACAACUGACACGGAAAGGUGUGAGUGCUGCCAUGCUGGAAGACAGUGCCAGUUUUUGGUGAAAGAGUUUAACCCGGACCCUUUGCAAAAUGAUAAAACAUAAAUGUAUUUAUUUUCCCUUUUUGCUUUUCCAAGGCAAGAACAGUUUGAGGAUGCAAUUAACAGGAGCUUCGUUGGGAAUUUCCAUUUAUGUGUGCACAUGCACACAUACACACGCACACAUGUAUACUUGAUUUGGUGAGGCCCCUCUAUGUCCGGUAAUGUAUUAUAAGAGGGAACUUCAUGCUGGAGCUCCUCUUGCUUUGCUUUUUUUUUUUUUAACUUCUCUCCCAGAUUCUCAGUAUGUGAACUUAUCCCCGUAUUGGAAGAAAUUUUCCAAACUGAUUUGGGGGUUGCGUGUUAUUUUUGGUGGCCAAAUAAAAAGCUGAUGGUCCAACUGGGACACUUGUUUCCUUAAGCCUAAUAUUUACUGCAUUUUGUCUCCAAAUCGGAAGAUAUGUCUUUAUUCUUUUUACAGGAGUUUGCAAUAAGUGAAUAGGGUAGAAAAGACCUCAGGGCAGCACAAGCCCUAAACUUCAGCCAAUACUAACUCAAUAUAAUUCUGUGUCCCAUUAGUCCUGAUGAUCCUAAAUCCUACUUGUUUACUGCACUAGAAGGUUAGAUUCUAAAGUUAGUGCAAAAGAAAAACUCUGGCAGAGCCAAAGUUGUCUGCGCAAAGUAUUCAGUGAACAGUCUUGUGGAAGAUCAACUACUACCCCUUUAAAAACUGGGGAUGGCUAAAUUUGUCUCCUGCAUUGGAAAAGGCUCACUGAAGACAAGACUCACUGGACUUGUGUUUGAGGGCUGUGCUGUAUGAUCUAACGUGUCUGAGAACGUCAGGACCACCCUGGUACAGUAAGACGCUCCCACUAAAAGAAGGGCACAGAAGUUGUUUGACUGAGGGCCAUAGACUUCUGCUUCCUGUCUGACUUACUCCCCAGGGUGUAGGCUCAUUGAGGGAAAUGGCAAGUAGAGUCCCCUAUAUCCCUUAAACUGCAGAUCUCUCUCAGUCUCUUUUUUUGCCAAGCAUGUGUUGCUGAAUGUGUGUCCAUUACCUAAGUGUAUGGCGUGAUUCCACCACACCCCUUUAUAACUGAACAUUGACCAAAGGCUACCUAUACUGAAUAUAUAUAUAUAUAUAUUUAUUUAUUUAUUUAUUUAUUUUUAAAAUACAUAGCUCUGAAUAAUGCUAGUAUGAGCUCUACAUGAAUGAGUCAGAGUGCAAUAUCUAUCGAAGUUAAGCAAUUCCUUUUUGAGGAUGUACAUUAAGAAGGAAAAUAGCCUGUGAAUCUUAACACUCUUUGUUCCAGUUUUACCUGUAUAUGUAAAAUUAAUUGUUGGUUUUUAAAACUGGAUGGGCAUUGGGAGUGUUGGCUUCAGACAUUCAUUUAUUCCUUCUUUCACCUAUAACAGUUCUACCAAGUAGUGUCAUGAUCUCUUUUUCUUUCUGAGUCUAUUUUCUAUUUUGCUAAAUGAUAUUUUAAAAGUUCUGAUUCUUGAAAGCACUCUGGUGAGUUGCCAUCUUCUGCUGAAAAUACCUAUGAAUGCCCAGAGGGUUUGGCUGAUACAUGUGUCCUGAAAAUAUGUGAUAUCAUCUAAGGUUGUUUUGUUUUUUUGUUUUGUUUUGUUUUUUGUACCGGGCAUUGAACUCGGG